AUGAGCGGGACACAAGUGGCUCAAAAGCUGUUGCAGGCCGCCCAUGUAGCUCCAGAAAUCUUCCAACUGCGACCGGAUUACCGCGCCCUAUUAAUGGUAGUGGAGGGUAUUCCUCCCGGCCCAAGCGAUGAUUCCAGCGAAGCGCUUUUGAAAGAGGCUGAAAACUCCAUCAAGGACAAAUUGUCCAAUUGUCCCGUUACCGAACUCCCACACAUCGCCGCAUGGCGCGAAGCCUACAAAGGCUUUGGAGCCAAACCCCAAAAAACGCGAAACAGCCUCGAGGCUCUGACUCGCCGCGCGCAGGAUGGCUUGCCACGAGUCAACCGCCUGACCGAUAUCUACAAUGCCAUCUCUGUCAAAUAUCAGAUCCCGUUCGGAGGUGAGGAUCUCGACAAAUACGAUGGAUCGCCUUUCCUAGUUCGCGCUACUGGUAAAGAGGAGUUCGAAACUUCUUCCGGAGGGAAACCUCAAACGGAACUUGCAGCGCCUGGGGAGCCAGUUUGGUGUGACGAUAGUGGUAUCACUUGCCGUCGUUGGAAUUGGCGACAGGGUCCUCGGACUGCGUUGACCGAUGAUACUUCGCGGGUUUUGUUCAUCCUCGAUGCAUUAGAGCCGCUGACUGACGAUGUUCUGGCUCAAGCUGCCGAUGAGCUUGCUUCGGCUUUGGAACGUCUAUCCCCAGAGGUACAAACAGUGCGCCAGAUUAUUGGCCCUUCGGUUUGA